AUGGCCAACCCGGCAGAGCGCUACAAUCGCGAGGAAGAGGCAGAGGACGAUGAAGAAGAGGCGCUCGAUGAGACCGGCUACAAGACCGUCAAAGACGCGGUGCUCUUCGCCAUCGACGUGAGCCACUCGAUGCUGAAGAGGCCGCCGCCCUCAGACUCGAAGAAAGCCGACCGCGAUUCGCCCACAUCUGCCGCCCUCAAAUGCGCCUACCAGCUCAUGCAGCAGCGCAUCAUCUCGCACCCCAAUGACAUGAUGGGCGUCUUGCUUUUCGGCACUGAGCAGUCAAAGUUUCAGGACGGAACGCCAGGCGCGCGCGGAGCACUGCAAUAUCCACACUGUUAUCUCCUGACCGAUCUGGAUGUCCCCGCCGCUGGCGAUGUGAAACGCUUGCGCGGCCUCGUCGAGGACGAGGAAGAGGCCAAGAAGCUGCUUGUGCCGUCCGAGGAGCCCGUAUCCAUGGCCAACGUGCUGUUCUGCGCGAACCAGAUCUUCACUACCAAGGCGCCCAACUUCACGUCAAGACGACUGUUCCUGGUCACGGAUAACGACAAUCCGCAUGCCAAUGACAAGAGCCUCAGACAAGCUGCAGCUGUGCGCGCAAAGGACUUGUACGACCUAGGAGUUCUAAUCGAGCUCUUUCCUAUCGCGCAUCCCGACCAUGGCUUCGACCGCGCGAAAUUCUUCGAUGACAUUGUCUACCGCCCUUCUCUUACCGACCCCGAAGCCCCCGCACCAAUCACUGAAGUCGCUCAGACCGCUGAACGGGGCGACGGAAUCAGCCUCCUUCAAUCGCUCAUCUCGAACAUCAAUUCCAAAGCUGCUCCACGUCGCGCCCUGUUUUCAUUGCCCUUCGAGAUUGGCCCGGGAUUGAAGAUUGGCAUCAAGGGAUACAUUCUGAUCAAGCGCCAGGAGAAGGUCCGAAGCUGCUAUGUCUGGAUGAAUGGAGAAAAGCCUCAGAUUGCUAUCGGUUCCUCGACCAAGAUUGCUGAAGACACAGCUCGGGAGGUGCAAAAGACGGAAAUAAGAAAGGCAUACAAAUUCGGUGGGGAGACCGUCUCCUUCUCCGAGGACGAGACCAAGGCUAUCCGCUACUUUGGCGACCCUGUCGUCCGCAUCAUUGGCUUCAAACCUCUAUCAAUGCUUCCCGAGUGGGCCAAUAUGCGCUGCCCGAUGUUCAUUUACCCCACCGAGGCUGAUUUCAUCGGCUCCACACGCGUCUUCUCGGCAUUGCAGCAGAACUUGCUGAAGAAAGAGAAGAUGGCGAUUGCUUGGUUUGUACCACGUCGGAAUGCAGUUCCUACCCUCGCGGCUAUUAUUCCCGGCAAGGAGAGGCUCGGUGAACGCAACGAACAGAUCAGACCGCCCGGAUUGUGGGUUAUCCCACUGCCCUAUGUAGACGACAUUCGUCAGAACCCAGAAACACCACUAGUCCGGGCCUCUGACAAUCUGACGGACGUCAUGCGCGACAUUGUCCAGAACCUGACUCUUCCCAAGGGCGAGUAUGACCCCAGCAGAUAUCCGAACCCAGCGCUCCAAUGGUUCUACCGAAUCCUUCAAGCCAUAGCUUUGGAAGAUGAGCUCCCGGAAAAGCCUGAUGAUAAGACCGUCCCGAAGUACCGGCAGAUCGACAAGCGGGUCGGCGACAAAGUCGUCGAGUGGGGUCAGACCUUGGAAGAGGAAUUCCGUAACUGGGCCCAAUCGUCUCGAAAGCGCCAGCCGGAAGAAGACUCGAAGCCAACUGUUAAGAAGCAAAAAACGAGCACCGGAGCUGUACCGGCGAAGACUUCGGAUGCGAUUGAUGAUGGCGAGAUGAAGUCACGGUAUGAGAAGGGAACGAUCGCGAAGCUUACGGUGUCUGUCUUGAAAGACUGGGCGCAUAGUAAACACAUUUCUGUCGCAGGAAAGAAGGCUGAUAUCGUGGAGAAAAUCGAGGAAUACUUUGAGAAGAAGUAA